AUGAGUGUUAAUCAAAUCGUAGCAAUAACGUUUUCCCACAAGAAAACAUAUCUUGAUCAUACAACUCGAAGAAAAUGUGGGGAAGAUCUAAGAGAAAAGAAAGCUGACUGUUCUGGUCUGGGCUUUGGUCAUGUUCCUCAGCAUCUUCCAGGAGACAUCCAGGGUCUGCAUCUUGAGCGUAACAACAUCAAAUCUCUGCUGAAUUCCUCAUUUACAAGAUAUCCCCUCAUAACUCAACUGAACUUGUCCAAAAAUGACAUUCGGAUAAUAGAAUCAUCAGCUUUCCAACCUCUCACGUAUUUAGACAGACUGAGUUUUUCCUCGAACCCACACCUCUUGUUUGUAGGCAAAGGCCUCUUGAAAUGGGCGAGGGAGCUGUCGUACUUAGAUUUAUCGGAAUCAAGAAUGAGAUCAAUCCCAAAUGACAUUCUAGCAUGGAGCUCAAAUGUGGAUACUUUGAAUCUUAAAUAUAACCUGCUCAAAGUUAUAAACAUAAGCUCAUGUGGGACAGUGAAGAAUGUUGACCUGUCACGUAACAAGAUAAAAUGCCUAACAAAAGAUGCCUUCCAUUUACCUUGCAACGUGGGAACUCUUGACCUAUCAAAUAACCCCAUCAGGUCAGUGGACCCAGACGUGGUUAAAUCACUCCAUAUCAAAUCGUUGAUACUGAAAUUAAUCGGUCCCAGGAUGAACGUCCAGACAUUGAAAAAAUUGUUCAUAGGAAUCUCCCGUUCAGAAAUAAACACAUUCAUAUUCUUCUUUCACGCCGAUCUAAGUUCUGUACCAGAUCUAUUUGAUCCUCUGGGCAAUAGUUCUCUUGCAAUACUUGACCUUUCAGUGAAUGCUUUGCGUUACCCAUAUAAUUUCACAAAUCUGAUAAGCGUGAAGCAGUUAAAACUUAGACUUAAUAGAUACUUUUCAGUUGAACCAAGUUUCUUCGCUGGCAUGCAUAAUCUAAGAGAGUUGGACAUGGCAUUAAAUAAUUUGCAACACACAAACUUAUGGGGAAUUCCAUGGAGAAUAGACCUAACACAUUUAGACUUGUCAUCAAACCGUUUGUUUCAAAUAAAAAAUAUUACAUUUAAUGGCUUGCAUAAACUACAGAUUUUAAAGUUGAACAAUAAUCCGAUCGGUGAAGUAGACGCGGAAUCAUUUCUGGAACUAGAGAGCAUUGAAACCAUUGAUUUGUCACACACUCAAAUCGUAAUAUUUCGGAUGGUGAUUCCAAACUUGAUUUCACUUCAUCUAAAUGAUAUGACAAUGGAGUAUGAUCCUACGAAAUGCCUCAAAGAAGUGCGAUCCUUGCAACACUUGCAGAUGAAUAAUUCGGCACUUGGGAUUCGUAACCUGUGGAAUUCUGACAAGAAUAUAUCUCUUUUCGAGCGUUUGAGGAACCUUACGUCUUUGGAUUUGAAUCGCAAUAAUUUUUCGAAUAGUUAUCAUGUAGAAGAUAUUCUUCCUCCUGGGAUUCUGCAACCGCUUUCUGCUUUAAAGAAUCUCUCCCUACAAGACUGUGAGCUUUCAAACCUUCAUCCGGAAGUGUUCAUUGGAUUGAAAUCGCUUGAGGUUAUAUUUCUCAGUGAAAACAAACUUGAACAGCUACCAGCUAUUCUAUUUAAGAAAUUAAAUCAGAUAACAACAAUCGAUCUCAGUGAUAAUAUUUUGACGGAACUUGAUAGAGAUAUAUUUGUCAAUAACAGGAGACUGGGAACACUCCUGAUUUCAAAUAACAAAUUGACUCGUGUAGACCAAAAUACCUUUAAGCCAAUACAUUCCUCUCUUUUUCGAAUCGAUCUUUCAAAUAACCCAAUCGAUUGCAACUGUGAUCUCAGCUGGUUUCUAGAUUUGCUCGACAAAUCACUUAGCCUAGAAAACGAAAAAAGAACCCUCUGCCAGGCGGCAUCUCUCGAGCCCCUUCGGGGUAAACGUCUGAUUGAUUUCGAUCCUAAAGAAUAUUGUAGUAUAAAUGUCAUCAUCAUCUGUUUGCCUUCCCUUGCAAUUAUUUGCCUAAUUUUCAUUAUCGCAAUAGUAUAUUACAACCGUUGGCAGCUGAGGUACAAGGUGUUCCUGAUCAAACUCGCUGUUAUCGGUUACAAGGAGAUGCGAGAUGCUCGGGACCAUAAUGACUACGAAUUUGAUCUGAACGUCAUCUUUUAUGAUGAUGACGAAGACUGGAUUCGUGAACACCUCCGACCGGCUGUCGCAGAACGACUUCCGCAGUUUCAGAGGAAUGUCUUUGGCGAUGAUGAACUCGUACUAGGGAUGCAUUACUUGGACUCUGUUGACUAUGUGGUAAGUCACAGUUAUAAGACCGUCGUUAUCCUCAGCAGAGCUGCAGUUCGUGAUCGCUGGUUUAUACUUAAAUUCCGUACAGCUAUGGACCAUGUCAGCGAUACCCAGACCGAGUAUGUAGUGGUGAUCUUCCUUGAAGACAUCCCAGAUAAUGAGAUGCCAUUCUUGGUGAGGUUGUACCUUAGUGAUGGAAGGCCGUAUAUUCACUGGACUGAGGAUAUAAGAGGACAUGAGUAUUUCUUUGAAGAGUUGACAAAACAUCUUACCAUUAACCUCCGCACCGACGACAGAAUCCCCAUCGAAUAA